AUGCCACCAGAACUCGAUACCACUGGCCCACUGGCAGAUGCCCAUCAAUCCGAUGAUUCUGGAAGCGAAGAUGAUCAAGCACCCCUUCCACUUCCUUCUGAGAGCCGGAAGGUUCAGAAUGUUCAGUUUCAAGCCCUACUGAACCAAUAUGCUCGUGACCCUGGUAGAACAAUUGAAGCCAAGAUCCGAGUAGUGCCUGAUAGACCAGACUCCGAACUCGCGAUUUCAUCCUUACUCACAAAACAUGAUCCUAAUCCAGGCCACUUGGAUCCUCGCGCCUAUCAGAUCGAGUUGUUCGAGCGGGCAAAGAUUCAAAACACAAUCGCAGUACUUGAUACAGGCUCCGGAAAGACUUUGAUCGCAGUCUUGCUUCUCAAAGAGAUCCUGCAACGCGAACUGAUCGAUCGCGCUGAUGGCAAACCCCGUCGCAUUGCCUUCUUCUUGGUUGACAGCGUGACACUUGUUUUCCAGCAAGCUGCUGUUUUGCGAAACAAUAUUGACCAGAAUGUCGGUCAUCUCUACGGCAAUGUGGGGGUAGACCACUGGGACCAACAGACGUGGAAAGAUCAGUUUGAUAAAAACAUGGUCAUAGUUUGCACAGCCGACAUUCUUCAUAAAUGCCUUCUUAAUGGAUUCGUGAAGAUAAAGGAAAUCAACCUCCUGAUCUUUGAUGAAGCCCACCACACAAAGAAGGACCACCCCUAUGCACGUAUCAUUCGAGACUCGUACAUCAGAACUGAGCUAUCUGAACGUCCGAGAAUUUUCGGAAUGACAGCCUCCCCCAUCGAUGCGAGAGGGAAUAUCGUCGACGCGGCACGAGAUCUCGAGGCCCUGAUGGACAGCAAGAUAGCAACGACAACGAAUCUUACGGCGCUCUUGCGCGCCGUUAGCCGUCCGAAGGAGGAAUUCUGGACCUACCCAGAGCUCAACCAACCAACCGCAACCGCAUUAUUUCAGCUCCUCAAAGACCAAAUCGGGGACCUGAAGGUCCUCGAGUCAGUUUUCCUAUUCGCAUGGCGAGCAAGUGCGGAAUUGGGAGCGUGGUGUGCAGACCAUGUGUGGACAUAUGCCUUAUCAGAGGAUGUGAUCCCUCACCUACAAGCUAAAAUCGACAGGGACUCCUACUCUGAGGACGAAACCACUGAGAACAUCGAGAGAAACAUCAAAAGAAUCGAUGAGGCCGCCCAACUGGUGAAACGUUACAAAUUCAAGAGCCCCCUGGAACCGGGUCAGAUCAACCCGAAAGUCGAGCUUCUUCUGAAAAAAUUGACCCAACACUUCGACAGAUCUCCAGACACGAAGUGUAUCGUGUUCACCAAAAGACGAAAUACAGCGAAAUCUCUCGGACACCUCUGCAGUGUCAUGAAAAUCCCCAACCUCCGACCAGGAAUACUUGUCGGGAUUCGAAACCACGAUAUCACUGGAAGGGUCACGCUUCGCGACCAAUUCCUUGUCUUAAUCAAAUUUCGCCAAGGAGAAGUAAAUUGUCUUUUUGCAACGUCUGUGGCUGAAGAGGGGCUCGAUGUUCCGGAUUGCAAUCUUGUCGUUAGAUUCAACCUCUACAAGACAUUGAUUCAAUACAUACAAAGCAGAGGACGUGCCAGACAUGCCAACUCAACGUAUGCCACCAUGCUUGAACACGAAAACCAAGAGCAACAAAAGCGCCUUCAAGAAAUCAAGGAAGGAGAGGUUCUCAUGCGAUCGUUUUUUGAAAAGCUUCCCAAGGACAGGCUUUUACAGGGAGACGAAGAUGUCUACACCACGGCUUUGCGCGGCCAGGAUGAAGAACGGAACUACGCAAUAUCUUCUUCCGGCGCCAGGCUCACUUACCCCUAUGCUAUCGAAGUUCUGGAUCGUUUUUCCCACUCUCUGCGAUACGAGAACGAAUGUGUCACAAAUGUUUCCUACUUUGUGAUUCCCAGCGACAGGAAAUUCCUGUGUGAAAUCCUACUUCCUGAAAAGUCCCCUAUUAGAGGAGUGACUGGGAGACUUGAGUCAAGAAAGCUUACAGCGAAGCAAUCCGCUGCGUUCGACCUUUGCCUUCUUCUCCGGAAGAACCACCUUCUCGAUGACCAUUUUCGCUCAAUUUAUCAUAAACGUCUGCCUGCGAUGCGAAAUGCCAAGCUGGCAAUCGUGUCAAAGAAAACCAACAGCUACAAGAUGCGCUGCAAGCCUUCGAUCUGGACACAGGAAAAACAAAGUAACCCAAAUCUCCUCUACGGAACAGUCAUUACAUUCAGUCCCUACACGCCACUGGCACGAGAACAUGGAAACCUGAUGAUUUUGUCCCGAGAAAGACUUCCCGAGUUCCCAAAGUUUCCAGUUUUCCUGGAGAAUGACAGAGAAACUCAAGUUCACACUCUUCUCCUCGAACCUGUUCUUUCAGUCACAUCUCCGGAAUUAGAGCAGCUGACAGGCUUCAUGGUUACAAUACUCGGUGAUUUAUUCCACAAGAGCUUCGAGGCGGUUUCAGAAACAUUUCCAUACUGGUUUGCCCCAGCAAAGGCUACAGCUAAGAAUGGGCACUCCACAACUAGUCCUCGGGAAAUAAUUGACUGGGCUACUUUGCAGUAUGUUCAUGACGAUCCCGAGAUAGCGUGGUCUAAGGAGAUGGAUCCAAAUUCUCUCUGCAACAAAUUCAUCUACGAUCCAUGGGAUGGGAGAAAGCGAUACAUCUCAACUGCCAUUGACUAUGGCCGACGCGCAUCCGACCCACCCCCAGAAUGGGCGCCCCGUCGAAAAUGGAUGGAGAACAUUAUGAGCUACUCGACGAGCCUUUCUAAAAAUUCUCGAGUCAAAGUCUUGACUGAUUGCGACUGGGGCCAGCCGGUGUUCCGGGCCGAAUGUAUCUCAUACCGAAGAAACUUUCUCGACCCAGCGACGGAAACUGAGAAAUCAGAAAAGGCGGAGUGCUGCAUCUGUCUGCAAACGAUAAGGAUCUCACCUGUUCCUUUGUCAAUUGCAAUAUCGUGCCUAGCCAUCCCGGCGAUUAUCACGAGACUUGAAUCCUACAUGAUCGUUCAAGAGGGCUUCAAGUCUAUUGGACUUGAUAUAAGACUGGACUAUGCGCUCGAGGCAUUUACCAAGGAUUCAGACAACACUGAUGACCACCGAGCCUUGCAGGUUCAUGUCCAGCGCGGAAUGGGAAAAAACUACGAGCGUCUGGAGUUUCUAGGAGAUAGCUAUCUCAAGAUGGCAACAUCAAUAUCCCUCUUUUGCCAAAACCCCGACGAUGAUGAAUACGACUACCAUGUCAACCGGAUGUGCCUUAUUUGCAACAAAAACAUGUUCAAUGUAUCCACGAAAAUCGGUCUCUACGAAUACAUUCGCAGUCGUGGCUUCUCUCGACAUAACUGGUAUCCUCCUGGACUCCAGCUUCUGCGUGGCAGAGACUACAUGAGACAUCUCGUCACGGAAAGUUCCCACAAUCUUGGAGAAAAGACAAUUGCAGAUGUAUGCGAGGCUUUGAUAGGAGCUUCUUUGCUUUCAGGGGGUGCAAAACACAGGUUUGACACGGCAACCAAAGCAGUCACGGUCUUCGUGGGCAGUGAAAGUCACUCAGCAACUUGUUGGGAAGACUACCGUCUGUCUUACACAAAGCCAGCAUACCAGAUCAAAGAUAGCGAUGGGUUCGAAAGAGAUCUGUCUCAGAAGAUCUUUGAGAAGCUAGGGUACAGAUUCAAAUAUCCUCGUCUACUAAGAUCCGCUUUCACCCACCCAUCCUACCCAUCGGCAUACGCCAAGGUGCCAUGUUACCAGCGACUGGAAUUCAUGGGGGACGCUCUUUUGGAUAUGGUGUGUGUUGAGCAUCUGUUUGAGAGAUUUCCGGACAAAGAUCCCCAGUGGCUCACCGAGCACAAGAUGGCUAUGGUUUCGAAUAAAUUCCUCGGUGCGUUGGCGGCUAAGCUGAAAUUUCACCGACAUCUUCAGCACUUCAGCAAUCCAAUACAGACGAAUAUCACGAGCUACGCCGAAGAAAUCCAAACAGCAGAGGACGAAAGCGAGGGUGCAAUGGACUACUGGCUGAGCACCAGGGACUCUCCAAAGUGUCUUCCAGAUAUGAUCGAAGCAUACAUUGCCGCCAUCUUUGUCGACUCUGACUUUGACUAUUCUGUGGUUGAGAACUUUUUCGCGACUCACAUCAAGCCAUAUUUCGUGGAUAUGUCAUUGUAUGACACAUUUGCCAAUCGGCACCCGACGACGUACUUUUACAACCAAAUGGCCGAGAUAUAUGGAUGCAUCAAUUACUGUGUCAAAGCCGGCGAGCUUCCCGGUGGAGAUGGAGAUAGACCGCGUAUCUUUGCCGCCGUCAUGAUUCAUGGAGAGUCAGUUGCGGAAGAAAUUGGAACAUCCACUCGAUAUGCCAAAGUCCGGGCCAGUGAGAAAGCGUUGGAGGUGAUCGGAGGCAUGUUGCCGACCGACUUUCGUCUCAGGUUUCACUGUGACUGUCGUCCGCCAUCUGACGAACAAGGGGUGAAAACUGGGGACAUCGGAACUGCCAUAUGA